UUAAAUUCCCAAGCUUUGCUUAUAUUCUUGAUUUUGUUUUCAUUUAAAGAAAGCUCUUCCAAACAACCUUGUUUACCAGAUUAUGUGAUCAACACUAAAAUCAAUUAUGUACAUAGCUCAAGGCUCUUCUAAUUGUUUUCUGUCACGUUCCUUAUCUGCUACCAGCUGGCUAUAAAAUCGGACUGAAACCUUAAGCCCCGAUCAAAAUUAAAUUAAAAAUACAAAGAUGAAGUUGAUAGCUGUGGUACUUCUGCUGGUCCUAGCAAGCUCGGUUCACUGUCGACCCACUUUCGAUAAGAUUGCCGAGAUCCUGUUGGAGGGUCUGGAUGAUUCGGCGCACUACCACCAAGGCGGAUACCCACAACACGGUAGGCCGGACUGCAACCAUGGCUAUAGAGAAGGAUAUGGCUACCAGCAGGGAAGACCACAGGGCGGCGCAUACUAUCAUCAACCUAGGCCAGUGUAUACUCCUCCUGCCUACUAUCAGCAACCUCCUCGUCCUGAGUAUUAUAAUCCAGAAGGCCCCAUUUACUAUCAGCCUAAUAAUUACGGAUCGACUUCAUCCAGUGGUGGGUACAGACAGCGGGGUUACUAGAAUUCACAUAAACGAUACGUUCCAAUGAUUCCCCUUCCUUUGUCCAGCCACCCAGCCAUCGGUUAAUUCAUAUUUUUGUUUAUUUUAUAAUUUAUUAAAAAAUUUGUGAAACUU